CUUAAUAAAAAAAUUAGGACUAAUUUAGAAUUAUUGAAUGUAAAGAUAAGGAUUUUUAGAGAAAAAGGGAGGGAGAGAUAGAGAUCUAGAGAAAGCAAGCAACUGCAUGUGGCCCAUUGCAUGUCAACUCACCCCUCUCUGAUAAUGGACAGAGGCGGAGACGGUUCAUCCUGGAGCGGCGGCGGAGGAGAUCCAUCCGCCGCUUCUGCGACUCCAAGCAGGUACGAGUCGCAGAAGCGGCGCGACUGGAACACCUUCGGGCAGUUCCUCCGCAACCAGAGGCCUGCGGUGGCGCUGCCCGAGUGCAACAGCAACCACGUGCUCGAUUUCCUCCGUUACCUCGAUCAGUUCGGGAAGACGAAAGUGCACCUCCAAGGGUGCAUAUUCUACGGGCAGCCUGAGCCGCCCGCGCCCUGCACCUGCCCCUUGAGGCAGGCGUGGGGCAGCCUAGACGCCCUGAUUGGGCGUCUGCGCGCGGCCUACGAGGAGAACGGAGGAUCUCCUGACACCAAUCCGUUCGCCUCGGGGGCCAUCAGGAUCUACCUGAGGGAAGUCAAGGAGUGUCAAGCUAAAGCCAGGGGGAUUCCGUACAAGAAGAAGAAGAAGCCCACCAAGAAUGACGAUGAUUCCAAUUCUUCAUCCUCUUCCUCAAUGCCGUUUUCUUGAAUCUUCAAAAUAAACCGGAACAUCAAGAGGAGAUCGAUCUGAAUGCAUGCAGCCUUUAAAUCAAAUAACUAGCUCUCUCUCUCUCUCUGCGUUUUCUUAAUUAAGCUAUUGUAAGAUUCAUCAUCAAAAACUUUGAUUUUUACUUUAAUCAAUCUAUUCCAUCGUGUAAAUUUUAUGUUGCC